UGUAUAUGUGUGUAUAUGUGUGUAUAUGUGUGUAUAUGUGUGUAUAGAGCUGCUUGCCUCCUGAAUUCUUCUUUUGUUCUGCAGAGUUGACACGUUUCCCGUCAUGGUUCCACUAUGAGCGAGAUGUCGUUGGACCUCUGGUUCUGUGAGGAGUGUCAGGACUAUUUCCAGAAGGAGUGUCCGUCCCACGGGCCCCCGCUGUUCGUCCCCGAUACACCUGCGGCCCCGGGGUCGGCCAACAGGGCGGCGCUCACGGUCCCAUCAGGCCUGGAGGUCUUCACUGAGGGGGACGACGUGGACGUCCGCUGUCUGGAUUCAAACAUCCCCAGGGGGGCGGUCUUUGGUCCCUACGAGGGACAGCUGGUGUCCAAGGACAAAUCCUCCGGCUUCUUCUCCUGGAUAAUCGUUGAUUUUAACAACACUUAUCAGUCCAUCGAUGGCAGCGAUGAGACCAAAGCCAACUGGAUGAGGUUCGUCCGAACCUCGUCAGAGGAGAGCGACAGGAACUUGACUGCGUUUCAACGCGGUAAAAACAUUUUCUUCAGAGUGAGUCGGACGCUGGCCGCCGGAGAGAAGCUGAGAGUUUGGUACAGCGACGACUACAUCCAACGACUUCACUGUGUCUCUCAGGAGAGCAUCGACCAAAACCUGGAUGCAGGUGAGCCAGACACAGAUACCAGGACGCUGAAAGUCUUCAACGUUCAGGAGGACUUUAAAUCUCCCUGCCUGCAGUCUGUUCUGCAGGGCAAACCUAGCCCCAGUAAACAAUCCAGCGAGGAGUCGGACGGCCAGCCUCCUGCCAAGAGGAAGAAGAUCGACUUCAUCUUCAAAGACGUCCUGGAGGCUUCUCUGGAGGACUCCUGCAAGUCCAGGUCCCGGUCUUCCCUCCACAGUGAGUGUAAAGCAACAGCGCUCGGGUUAAACUCGUCUGACGGUGGCUUUAACAUACCGAAACUGAAGGUGGAGGAGAAAGAGGAGGAGAACCAGAGCGGCGAGGAGCCGUCUACCUCCUUCUGCCCCAACUGUGUCAAACUGAAGAGGAGGAUCCAGGAGCUGGAGGAGGAGCUGUCCCGUGUCAGAGGAGAACGGGGUCCACCAAUGUCUGGACAGACCCUGACCCAACGAGAUCAGGCCCCGCCCCAUCCCGAGCAUCAGGCCCCGCCCCAUCCCGAGCAAGGCCCCGUCGAGGAUUUUCAAGUGAUGGAGCCCUUGAUGCCCACUCAGGUGGUUUUAGAUGAAGACGACCCAGACGUGGACUCGGCUGAUGACUCGAUUGCUGCAGAUCUUGUGAUUUCUCCAGAAGACUCGUUGAAGCUUUCCUCGGGAGGAGGCCGACGGAUUCGUCGCUUCAAGCAGGAGUGGCUGAAAAAGUUCUGGUUCCUCCGCUACUCGCCAACUCUCAACGAGAUGUGGUGCCACGUCUGCCGCCAGUACACCGUCCAGUCAUCCCGAACCUCUGCCUUCAUCAUCGGCUCCAAGCAGUUCAAGAUCCACACCAUCAAGCUCCACAGCCAGAGCAACCUCCACAAGAAGUGUCUGCAGCUGUACAAGCUGCGCAUGCAUCCGGAAAAGACAGAGGAGAUGUGCAAGAACAUGACGCUGCUGUUCAACGCGGCAUACCACUUGGCCCUGGAGGGACGGCCCUUCUCCGACCUCCGUUCACUGGCGGAGCUGCUGAAGAGGUGUGAGCUCAAAGUGGUGGACCAAUACAUGAAUGACGGAGACUGUCAGAUCCUCCUGCACCACAUCGCCCGGGCUUUAAAGGAAGACCUGGCUGAGAAGAUGCGCCUGUCUCCCUUCCUAAGUGUCAUAAUGGACGCCCAAAAUGACGACCUUUUCUCAGACAUGGUAGCGGUCUACGUCCAGUUCAUUACCAAUGAGGGCUCCCCGAACACAGAGUUCCUGUCCUUGCAGAGACUGAGCAUGGCCAGUGUGGACGGAUAUCUCCAGGCUAUGGAUCGAGCCUUUGGUGUCCUCGGCCUCAGGUUUCAGGACUUGUUGGUGGUGGGUCUGGGGGUAGAUGGCACCAACAUCUCCUCAGGAAUGAGAGCCAACCUGUACAUAGCUGUACAAAAGACUUUCCCUUGGAUCCUCUGCCUCCCUAUCAUGAUCCAUCGGCCCCAUCUAGAGGUGUUGGAUGCCAUCAGUGGGAAGGAGCUCUCCUGCCUGGAGGAUCUGGAAAACAACCUCAAGCAGCUCCUCAGUUUCUACCGCUACUCCCCUCGCAUGAUGGCCGAGUUGCGAUCCACAGCUCCAACACUGUCGGAGGAGACAGAGUUCCUUGGAGACAUUAGAGCCAUUCGAUGGAUCAUUGGAGAACCAAAUGUCCUCAACGCUCUCAUCAAAGAUUACCUGGAGGUAGUCGCCCAUCUGAAGGAGAUCAGCAGCCAGACGCAGAGGGCUGACGCCGCGGCCAUCGCCCUCACCCUCCUCCAGUUCCUCAUGGACUAUCAGUCAGUGAAGCUCAUCUACUUCCUUCUGGACAUCAUAGCUGUUCUCUCACGAUUAGCCUUCACCUUCCAGGGAGAGUACCUGCUGGUGUCACAGGUGGAAGCCAAGAUAGAGGAGGCCAUUCUGGAGAUCGGUCAGUUGGUGGACUGCCCCGGAGAGUAUCUGCAGGAAUUUGAAGAAAAUUUCCGUGAAAGUUUUAACGGCGUUGCUCUGAAGAACCUGCGAGUUGCAGAGUCUAAGUUUCAGUCCAUCAGGGAAAAGAUCUGCAACAGGAGCCAGGGCAUCCUAUCUCAGAGGCUGGACCUGCAGAGCCGCACAUUUGCCAAAGCCUGCAAGGUCCUGGACCUGUCCACCUGGCCCCAUAAUCGGGAGGAUUUACAAGCUUACGGGGAGGAAGAAAUCCAGGUGCUAUUCAACCAUCUGGACUCCAUUCCGUGUGGGGGUCAGGAGGGCUCCCAGGCCAGGACGGAGGCCAGGGGUAACCUGGUGGGUGAAUGGAAGGAUCUGAAAGCAGACUACUUCAGUAUGAACGGUUUUAAAGAGGUCAUCGGUCACAUCUGCAGGUACAAGCAGCGCUUUCCUUUGCUGAAUCGGAUUGUGCAGGUUGUCAGGGUCCUGCCCAGUUCCACGGCCUGCUGCGAUAAAGGCAGAGGGUCUCUGCAGAAGAUGUGCAGGAACAAUCGCUCCCGGCUAACACUGGAGCAGAUGAACGACCUGCUGACUGUGGCAGUUAACGGACCGCCCAUGGCCAACUUUGAUGGGAAGCGAGCGUUGGACAGCUGGUUUGAGGAGAAGUCUGGCAGCAGUUACUCUCUGUCAGCUGAGGUGUUAAACAGGAUGUCAGCCGGUGACCAAAAGUCUGUCCUGCACAGCGUUGACGUCAACACAGAGUUCUACCCCGUCAUCUAACAGACAAACACAGUGGUGUAGUGCUGCAGCAAGAUACUGACACACUAAUACUGAGGAAGUGAGGCAGCAUCGCUCCUCAACCACUGAUUCCCAACCAGGCUACUUGUACUUUUGCAGUUCUUCUGCUGAUCUUCGGUAUAGUUAUUGUCACAAACUUGCCAACUCUGAUAUUCUUCCUGCAAAGACUGAAAGAACUCUCUGCUUUCGAUUCAGUUGAUUAUAAGUUGAUCAAGACUGAGGAAAGACUAGUUUAGUAAGAAGGACAACGACAAGCUAAACAUAAAGACGUUUGAAACAUCCAGUUUCUUGCAGUAGUAAAAAUGAAAACUUGGCCUAAACAUAAACAAUUAUUGUAUCGGUUUGGGAACCACUUCAUCACUGGGCAGACCUCUGUCUGUGACAAUGUUCCCUUCAGCUGGAUGGCUGAAGUAUAAAACAGGCCUACCAAGGGCUCUGCUGCAGAACGACACUAAAAGAGACACAAAACAACCACAAAGACGCAAGAAAGAUAAGAAAUGCAAAACAACCACAAAGAUUCAAAAUGGCCCCAAAGAGACUCAAAAACACAGUAAAUGAUUACAAUGAGAUGCAAAAUGACCAUCGAGAUGCAAAACAGCUACCAAAAGACACAAAGCGACUAGAAUAAGAUGCAUAACAACUUCAUAUACACAAAACCACAACAAAAAAUGACAUAAAAUGACUAAAAGAUGCAAAACAACAUAAUGUGAGACGACCACAAAGAGACGCAAAUGAAGAUCAGAAAUGCAAAACAAGCACAGAGAUAAGAUGAGAAACAAAGCGGCUUCAAUGACUGAAGAGACACAGAAAAGAGACAACAUCGAUCAUAGAGAUGCAAAACGGCAAUAAAGAGACACAACGGACUAGAGAAACGUAAAGCGACCACAAAGACAUGAAGAACAACCACAAAAUAACCAGAGAUACAAAAUGACUGAAGAGACACAAAAGAGCUACAAAGUGUCGACAAAUAGAGAGAAAAUGAGCAGAACAAUGACGACGGAGACGUAAAACAACUACAAACUACUCCUCAGUGUGAAUGUCUUAGUCCAGAGACUCGCUGUCUCAAGAGUCCACGUUCAGCUGGACGCUGAGGUCCUCUUUGUUCACUGAUGGACGUCGUUGACGGAGUUCUCCUGCACUAGACACACAGAAGCAAAGCACUUGUUGGCAGAAUAGAAGUCCGUUAUACGUUGGGAACAAUCAGAGAGGGUCGAGCUGAAGGUCCAUUGAGCAUCAUGUGGAGGAUGUAUGAAGGCUUUAUAUUUCUAUAAGAGAUGCAGACGUCCCUGCUUCACACUGUGUAUAUUGUACAAACUGUGUAUAGUUCUAA